GCCAUGCUCUUGUCGGGGGGUAGACCCCCAGCGCAGGAAUGGUUCAUGGUGCAGACAAAAUCGAAGCCCCGAGUCCACCGGCAGCGACUGCAAGUCCAGCGCAUCUUCAGGGUCAAGGUGAACGCCUUCCAGAGCCGUCCCGACACCCCCUACUUCUGGCUGCAGCUGGAGGGGCCCCGGGAGAAUACGGGCAAAGCCAAAGAAUAUCUGAAGGGUCUGUGCAGCCCAGAGCUGUGGAAGGAGGUUCGCUAUCCACCAGUCCUGCACUGCGCCUUUCUUGGGGCACAAGGCUUGUUCCUGGACUGCCUCUGCUGGAGUACCCUGGCCUACCUGGUGCCUGGUCCCCCUGGCUCUCUGAUGGUGGGUGGCCUCACUGAAUCUUUCACCAUGACGCAGAACUGGCUGGAGGAGCUGGUGGCACGGCUGCGCUGGGGCCCUGCCCCAGUGACCACCUCCCGGGGGGCUUGGGAGACAGAGGUGACCCAGGCUUUUGGGGCCGUGGUGUGGCUCCGCGGUGACCAGUAUGCAGGGGACCUGCUGCAGCUUCCCCCAGCGGUCCAGGAGCUGCUUCUCAGCCUGGUCCGAGAAGCUGCUGGCAAGGAGGACAUCACUGAGUGGAUCAGCCACUUUGGCACCUCUGCUACCUGCUCCAGCCCAGAGGUCCUUAUCUGCCCUGACCGGCAGCAGCAGAAGGAAGGCUCAUCCCUGGUGACCACAGGACACGGCCCUGGACCCUUCGUAGAGAUAGGAACCUUGGAUCGAGCUUCAGAAAAUUCACAGACAGUAACAAGUUUGGAAGCAGCUGGGCCCCUGAUCCCAGCUCGGAACUCUCAGCAGGAGACAGCGCACCAGCUAGCAGGGUUCCGGCCCAACAAGCAAGGUGCUAUGAACAGUGUAGGAGAGGAAGGACCCAUUGUGCAAGCCGCCAGCAGCCAGGACUCAUCAGACAACACCCAUGCCCUCCUGCAGCCAAGGCAGGUGCAGAAGGGGAAGGACAGAGUCUCACUGCAGCCGCCAGUGUCAGCUCUGAGCAGCGUGUGUCCAUCCUGGAAGGCCUGGGCCCCUGGACCAGCCUUUGGGCCCUUGUGGCCAGGGGCUGUUGCUGCAACCUUCUGGAACAUCAAUGAGCUGCAGUCUCUUCACCUGGCCUGGCUCCUCUCCCAGGCUUGCUUCAAUUUUUCCUUCUGGCAGAGGCCUAUGGCCCCCACUCAGCUGAAGCUGCCAGGACACAAUCCUUUGCCCUUAACCCUGGAGUGGAAGCAGAAAGAGCUGCUUCCUCUGCCCAGCGCCGAGAGCCCAGCGUGUAGACCAGAUGCCGAGCUAGGGAGGGAGAUGGCCCUAGAGCAUAGCACGAGACUGGAGACCCCCACAAAGAUCAUCAGUUCACCUGGGAUGCCAGGGGACUGUGGUACUAGAGAGAAGGUUAGCCCAGGGGGCUGUGGUACCAAAGAGAAGGUUAGCCCAGGGGACUGUGGUACCAAAGAGAAGGUUAGCCCAGGGGACUGUGGUACCAGAGAGAAGGUUAGCCCAGGGGACUGUGGUACCAAAGAGAAGGUUAGCCCAGGGGACUGUGGUACCAAAGAGAAGGUUAGCCCAGGGGGCUGUGGUACCAAAGAGAAGGUUAGCCCAGGGGACUGUGGUACCAAAGAGAAGGUUAGCCCAGGGGACUGUGGUACCAAAGAGAAAGUCAGCACAGAACUUCUGCACAUAGGACCAUCUUUGAUGUCUAUACCCCAAACAUCAUCAAAUUGUAAAGACCUGGAAGGGCUGCCCUCAUCAGCACUGCCCACAGAGCAAGGGGGACCCACAGCUCAAGAGAGGCAGGUGCCUCAAACCAGGAUGCCAGGUCAGUUGGCACCCGAAGGUGCAACAGUGUCUGAAACUCUUGAAAUGUCCAUGGCUGCAGCAGUGUCCAAAGUUGAACACCCACCCGCUGGGGAGGGGCUUUCUGCAGCUCCCAACGUGCCUACAACCCCAAAGAAGUCAGUAGUAUACACCGAGCCCACAGCUCCCAAAGUGCCUUCAGCCUCAACAAAGCCAGCAGCUCCUGUGGUGCCCACAGUCCCAAAGGCAGCUGCGGCUCAGAAAAUGCCUUCAGUGAAAACACCUGUAGGUCCCCUAAACCCUAAGGUUCAAACUGGGCCCAUAGCUAAAGCAGGAUCUGCAGCUCCCCAAACACCCAAGAGGUCCACAGCUGCAGGGCCAGCGGUGGAGGAGGUCAAACUCCCGAUUGAGGUCCUGGCUUCAAAGAGUAGCACUGCCAUGUCUAAGGGCCAGGGAAAGGCUGGAAGGCAGUGUCUCCAGUCCAGUGACACCUUGGCCUCCAGAAGUAAGCAUCAAUUUCUGAAGGAAGGACUUCUUGGGGCUUGGGAGGGAGGCCAGAGGCAGUCGCCUCAUCACCCACAGGCCAGCAACACAGUGGCCAGCUUCCAGAGGUACAACGAGGCCUUGAACACACCCUUCGAGAUGAACUUGUCUGAGGAGCCUGGCAAUCCGAGGCUGAGGAGAGUGGUCAUUGACGGCAGCAGUGUAGCCAUGGUCCAUGGCCUCCAGCACUUCUUCUCUUGCCGAGGCAUUGCCCUGGCAGUGCAGUACUUCUGGAACCGAGGCCACCGAGAGGUCACUGUGUUUGUACCCACCUGGCAGCUGAAGAAGAACCGGAGAGUGAGAGAGAGUCACUUUCUGACGAAGCUUCACUCCCUCAAGAUGCUUUCAAUCACCCCCUCCCAGCUGGAAAACGGCAAGAAGAUCACCACGUAUGAUUACAGGUUCAUGGUAAAGCUGGCAGAGGAGACAGAUGGGGUCAUUGUCACUAAUGAACAGAUUCACAUCCUAAUGAAUAAUUCCAAGAAACUGAUGAUCAAAGAUCGCCUGCUGCCAUUCACCUUUGCUGGGAGUCUCUUCAUGGUACCAGAUGACCCCCUGGGCCGUGAUGGCCCCACCUUGGAGGAAUUUCUGAAGAAGCCAAACAGGUUGGACAUGGACAUUGGCAAUUUCUUGAAGGUGUGGAAGACCCUUCCUCCCAGCCCAGCCAGCGUCUCUGAGUUGAGCAAUGACGCGGAUCCUGAGCCUUCAGCGGGUCUACAGGAUGUGGAAGAAGCCAGGGAGCAGAGAGCGGAAAUUGUGGCAGAGGAGCUGGUGGAGGAGCCGGGAACGCCAGCGUCCGACGAGGAGGAUGAGCACAGCUCUUCCCUGGGGUCGGAGUUUGGAGUGGCAAGCCCUUCCUUUCCUGAGGAGGUCCUCCAGUGUCUCAGCCUGCACGACCCCUCUGAGGGGGCUUUGGACAUUGACCUUCUGCCAGUCGUUUCGCCUCCCUGCCCAGAUGUCCCCUGGGACGGGGAGGCUCCCUGUGAGCAGGUUCUCGGCCAGCUCGCCCAGCUCACUGUCCCCAGCAACUUCACUGCACUGUCCUACUUCACAGGCUUCAUGGACGCCCACCGGGAUGCCAUUCCUGACUAUGAAGUCCUCGUGGGCCCCCUGCACAGCCUCCUCAAGCAGAAGCCGGACUGGCGAUGGGGCCGGGAGCACGAGAAGGCCUUCCUGGCCCUGAAACGUGCCCUGGUGUCCGUCCUCUGCCUGGCAACCCCCAACCCCCAGCUGCCCUUCUACCUGGAAGUGACCGUCAGCCAAGUGUCACUCACGGCCAUCCUGCAUCAGGAGCACUCAGGAAAGAAGCACCCUGUCGCCUAUACCUCAAAACCCCUCCUCCCCGAUGAGGACAGCGAGGGUCCUCAGUCAGGGGGGGACAGCCCCUAUGCUGUGGCUUGGGCCCUCAAGCAUUUUUCCCAGUGCCUUGGAGACAACCCAGUCGUUCUUUGUCUUUCCUAUGCCUCCCGGACCGCUUUGGACGAUGAGACACGGGAAAGCCAUAAGGGUUCCAAAGCGUGGCUGAUCCGAUGGUCUCUCUUGGUGCAGGACAAAGCCAAGAGGGAUUUGGAAUUGACCCUUGUCCACGGCUUGCUGGGGAAAAACCAGCUGCUGACAGCUGCUUCCUCAAUGCCUCGAGUUUUCCAGCUUCUGCCUCCCUUUUCUGACCUGGCUACUUUUAUCUGCGUCCAUAUAUCUGGCUACUGCUUCUACCGCACCGACAACGAAGACGGGGAUGGCGAGCCGUGUGCUGGGUUUGGUCUCUACAUCUUGUCCCCCACCAGCCCCCCAGUCUCCCUUGCCUUUUCCUGUCCCCCGUAUACAGCCACCUAUGCCCACCUGGCAGCUGUGGCCUGUGGCCUAGAACGCUUCGGCCAGUCCCACCUCCCAGUGGUUUUCCUCACUCAUUGCCACUGGAUCUUCAGCGUCCUCUGGGAGCUCCUGCCGCUCUGGAAGGCCCGGGGCUUCCUCUCGUCUGCCGGGGCCUCUCUACCUCAUCCGAGCUUGCUCUCCUAUGUCAUUGCUCUCACUUCUGGCUUGUCAUCUCCCCCUUUCAUCUACCGAACCUCUUACCGGGGCUCUCUGUUUGCUGUGACCGUGGAUACUCUGGCCAAGCAGGGGGCCGAAGGGGGCGGGCAGAGCUGGGAUUUGCCGACAGAUGUCCCAGCACCGGUGGUGACUCCCCACACUAAGGGCAGGAAGCCCAACCUGCUGGCCUUACAGCUGAGCGACAGCACCCUGGCCGAUAUCAUUGCCAAGCUGCAGGCAGGGCAGAAAUUGUCCGGGCCUUCCCCGUUCAGCUCCGCCUUUAACUCCCUCAGCAUCGACAAGGACAGUGGCCUGCUCAUGUUUAAGGCGGAAAAGCAUCCUAGGGUCUGGGUAGUCCCAAGGCAACUUCGGAGGGAUCUGAUUUUUUCUGUGCAUGACGUCCCCGUGGGGGGCCACCAGAGGCCAGAGGAGACCUAUAAGAAGGUGCGGUUGCUGGGGUGGUGGCCUGGCAUGCAGGAGCACGUGAAAGACCACUGCAGGAGCUGUUUGUUCUGUAGCCCCCCAAAUCUCACGGGGGGUGAGUUGAAAGUCAUCGAGUCCCCGUGGCCUCCCAGGUCAACAGCUCCCUGGUCGAGUCUGCAGAUCGAGGUGGUGGGUCCCGUCACUGUAAGUGAGGAGGGCCAUAGGCACGUGCUCAUCGUGGCUGAUGCCAACACCCGCUGGGUAGAGGCGUUCCCUCUGAAGCCCUAUACGCACAUGGCCGUGGCCCAGCUGUUGCUGCAGCAUGUGUUUGCGAGAUGGGGUGUUCCCAUGAGGCUGGAGGCGGCCCAAGGUUCCCAGUUUGCCCGGCAUGUCCUGGUGAGCUGCGGGCUGGCCCUAGGGGCCCAGGUGACUACACUGAGUAGGGCCCUCCAGCUUCCUUGUCUGAUGAGCUCAGAGGCCUACUGGGAGUUCAAGAGGGCGCUGAAGGAGUUCAUCUUCCUGCAUGGCAAGAAGUGGGCAGCCUCCCUGCCCUUGCUGCAUCUGGCUUUUCGGGCCUCCACCACAGAGGCUACACCCUUCCAGGUCCUGACUGGGAGUGAAAUGAGGCUGAUGGAGCCGUUGUGGUGGGAGAUAAGCAGUGCGAACAUUGAAGGGCUCAAGAUGGAUGCUUUCUUGCAGCAGCUGACGCGGGGGCUGCUGGACCUCCACUGGAAGGUGGCGGACAAGGCGAGCGAGAAGGCGGAGAACAGGCGUCUCAGGAGGGAGAGCCAGGAGGAUGGGUGGGGUGUGGGUGACCAGGUCCUUGUCUUGUCUCUCCCCAGGAACGGCAGCAGCGCCAAGUGGGUGGGUCCCUUCUACAUUGGGGACCGAUUGAGCCUGUCACUCUAUAGGGUGUGGGGCUUCCCGAUCCCAGAUAAGCUGGGCUGUGUCUAUCCCCGCAGUCUAAUGAAGGCCUUUGCCAAGAGUGGCAUGCCCCUGUCCCUCAAGGACUUGGAGCAGUGAGUUAGAGCGGCCGGGGAGCUGCCUGCUUACGGGGGUCCUGGGUUUCUGCUGCUAGGCCCCUUUCUGCUGUGAGCAGUGCUCUCAGCUUUUGGGGACCUUGUCGUGCCUUUUGUGGAGAAGUCGCUCCAUAAACCUUUGCUGAAUUGUCUUGACCUCGAGAUGACUGUCGCUAUGGAAACACCCCUAGGCUGGGGUGUUUGGAGAAUGUGCCAAAGGUUGUCAUACUGGGCUCUGGCAGUUUUACUCCUGGGAGCAGAAAAUCUCCUUAAUAAAGCAGGCCAGGCUCGCAGUCCUCCCCUAAGUGCCAUCUUGUCCCUUCAUAUCCAUGCAGGUGUACGUGGGUGUG